AUGCAGCAGGGCUUUUCCAACAGUGGUUCAUUUCUCGCCACGUCCACCGACGUUGAUCUCUCCACGUCCACUGCCGGUGUCGCGCACUGGUUAUUUUCUGCACAGCCCUCUGAUUCUAUAACAAAAGAAACACAUGUUAUGCGUAAAGGUUGCAACGGCGCUUUUGAGGUACCGUAUGCCGUGAACGAAUUACCACGCACCGAUCGUUAUGCUGCAGGCGAAUUUAAUGGCGUAAACCGCCAUAAAUACAAUUCUGAUGCUGCUUAUCGCAACAUUUUAGACUGUGAGAACAAUAUCUCAGGCUUUGUAGAGCGCUGUGAUAUAGUAAUGCCAAACACCGGUAGCUGCGUCGCUGGUGCCAAUGCCGGUAGCUGUCGGCGUUCUGAAGGUUCCGAAGUUGGCCAAAUGAGCUCUAAUGGAUACCAACCGUCAUAUAUAUCAGACCAUUCUGGUUCUACAGCUGCAUUGGAGGAUCGCACGAGCGGCAACGACGGUAGUGGUAGUUUCUCUUGGUUUGGUACAGGUCUUGUCGAUAUGGUUGUAAGCAAUACAUCUCAGAUUGCCAAUAUGCUUCAAUGGGGUGAAUCUGAAGCUGUAUAUUCGUUAUCUCAGGAUGCGGCUGAGGCUCAGAGACUGAAAGAUCUUAUGUCUCACCCUAACCGUAGCUCCGAUAGACCAUUUGCUGGUGAUUCUGGUGAUGAGGAUUCAAAGUAUACCCCUAGUGCUACUGUAGCUGAUAUGACUAUGUAUAAUCGUUUGGGUGUGCCUUGCAAUGCUCCUAAAUCAAAAAUUAAGCAAGCGUACUACAAAUUGGCGCUGAAGUACCAUCCUGACAAGAACCCCAACGACGAUGCUGCUAAGUUAAAAUUUCAAGAGAUCGGUGAAGCGUAUCAGAUCCUUUAUGAUGAGCAACGAAGGCAAAUGUACGAUCAUCAGGGUAGUCAGGCUACAUUUGACUUUCCUAUGGUUGACCCAUCUCUUUUCUUUAUGCUUUUAUUUGGUUCUGAGGCAUUGGUCGACUACAUUGGCACUCUUAAAAUUGCUAACCUUGUGAAGUUUGCAGCAUCUCAAGGAGCUCGUCCUAAAAACAUGAGUAGCCACAUGGAGGUUGAGCAGACAUACCGUGAGGUUACAUUGGCUGUCAAACUCGCGAAAAGGCUUGACGAAGAUGUGCCUAACGGUGUCGUGAGCGAGCGGUUACAGGCAGAUUUGACUGAAUUAUGUUCCGGUGCUUUUAGUGACGCUUUGGUGGACUCGAUUGGUUGGGUCUAUGAGAACUGCGGUGACUACUUCGUUGCUGAGGCUACAACAUUUUGGGGUUUGGGUACCACGUACGCGAACAUACAGGCUGCUGGUCGUUCUCUGGGUAACACUUGGAGCAUGGCUAAAUCUAUGGUUAACGUGGCCAUGGUUGUCAAGGACAUCAAAAGUGAUCAGGACCAGAGUCAGAUGCUAAACCAGCUGAAAGACAUUGUUGAGAAUGUGCUUUCUCUGGUAUUGUACGAUGUCGAGAACACUGUAAGUGCUGCUGCGACUAAAUGUUGCAAGGACUGUGACGUGUCAGUCGAAAAGCGUCUGGCACGUGCUCAUGCUCUUAUAAGUUUGGGUCGUUGUAUGCAAGAGACUGCGCGUAAAUAUCGAAGUCAGCUUGCUGAGGCGCCUGACGUUACCAAACGUUUGUACGAUGCUUAUGAGAAGGCUGCUGCCAAGCGGGACGAGGAGUGA